AUGAAAAGCAUCUCUGGGAUUAUAGAAAUACCAGACGAUGGCUGUCUUGAAAGGCGGAUUUCUGAUUUAAAUCACAUGUAUUGGAGACUUGGACCUGCGGACUUGGUAAUUUCUAAGAAAUCGAUUUCAAAUUCUAAAAUUAAAACCUAUUCAUACUUUUCUGGACUUUCAUUUAAUAAAAUAAGUGAUCUAAACAUACUAUACGAUCAGAUAAGCGCAAAUUUUUCUCGCAAUCACAUAGGUAAAAUGAAAAUAGAAUUCGAAGAAAUCGUUGUUUGCUGCUGGAAUGUAUUCAGCAAAUACGAUUGUCGAUUUCAUAUUACAAAAGAUAAGAAAAUUACAAUCAACACAUAUGAUUGCAAUAACAACCAAAUAUUCGUUAAAAAUAUCUCGUUUAAAGAGGCAACAUUAUCAUCAGCACUUAGAUUUUGGAUUCCAUAUGAGCAAUUAUUCAGAUCAUUAUAUAAUUUACAAUCAUAUAAGGUCGAUGAAAAAUCAAUGCCAGCUUACUUUUCUUAUAAUGAUCUUGCAAGAAUUGCAUCGGAAUUGCAGCCAUCUGAAGAUUUAGAAUAUGCAUUGGCAAUAUAUUGCCUUACUAAUUUGAAAGGAAACGAAUUUUAUUCAAUAAUUGAUUCAUUUUUAAAGCCGUUUCCAAGAAUUGUUGCACGGAUUUUGCAUUUUAUACCAUAUUCAUCUAAUCUUGCGAAUAAUUUAUAUCAUUAUCUUAUUAAUUCUCAGCAAUUAUCUCCAGAUGACAUUUAUAUUGCAAAAUGUAUACUUGAAAUGAGUAGUUCUAGAAAUGAUAAAGCAACAAUACAAAAAAUAACACCUUUACUUCAAAAUUCAGUAUGGUCUUCCCCUUCAUCUUGUAUGUGUUUUGCAAAAUAUCUGAUAAACAACAAAAAAUUUGAAGAUGCAAAGACAAUUGCAAAUGGAGCAUUCUUUAGUUUAGAAUACAAAGAGCCAGAAAGGAGAAGUUGUGUUCAAAAAAAUGUUUGCUAUCAAAAUGGAUUCUUUUUGAAACCAUCUCCAAGCAAAAUUGAGAUAGAAAUCAUUGAAAGUCAAGCCGAUGAAGAAUCAGACUUUAUUUACAAAAUUGUUUCGGAAUUAAAAGAAAAUUAUGAAAUUUCGAAACUUAAAGAUGUUUAUAACUAUCCAUUAAUGAAGCCAAAGAAUGGAGAAGUUAUAUACCUAUAUUUUAAAGGGAAUACAAAUAGAAAUAACUCAGAAAGUUCAUUUGACAUAGAUGAUCUCGAGGAUUUAUAUGAUCCUGGAGUUUCUGCACAAUUGACUGUCCCACAAUCAUUCUAUAAUCUUCCUUUCUCUCCAUUUUUCGAUGAUGUUCUCAAAACAAUCGAGACUGAAUCACUUGCCUUGGAGAGAUUGAUUAGAAAUGGAUCAGUUAAGACAAAAGAUGGAGCAAGAUAUGCAUUGGUGCUCGGAUUAAAGACAGGAAAUAAAAAGGCUUUCAAAAUCGGAAUGAAUUAUUUCAGAAACAAAAACAGAAUUAGACCGAUACACUUUUUAUUAGAAAUGGCAAUCUAUGCAAAGAAUGGAGGUGAAUUGCCA